AUGCAGGGCAUCUACGAGGGCGGCGACGUCAAGGAAAUGUGUUUCCUGAGAUUUGCCGAGACGUAUGAUAUCUUUAUCGAGUUCGCGCCCGAUAACCCGCCUAGGAUUUUGCUCUGGAGAAAGGGGGCUUAUGGGACGGUUGAUGGCUUGAGCAAUCUGGUGAAGAUGUCGUGGAAGAUUUCGGGCGAGAGGGGAAUUGCUGAGGUGAGUGAGGAAGAUACAGGUGUUGCGGCCAGCUCGCCGGCAUGCGAUCUACCGAGCGAGUUGAUUGAAGCCUUUGUGGAAGACGCGGAAUACCCUCGCUUCACGAGAUUCUCGAUCCUGAAGGAGUCGAAGAAGGAGAAGUGCAAGUACACGAGGCUGGGUCGUUUUGAUGUCUGGGGUAGGAGUGAUAUCGGUGUGGCUUAA